AUGCUGAGGUUCCUCCUGUUGAGGGCUCUCGCAGCCCUGGUGCUGGCUGAGAGUCUGCUGCCCCAGCCCAGAUACCUGGAAGAUGGACCUGAGCAGAGACUGGUGGGUGGCGAGGUUGCUCAGCCCAACUCCUGGCCCUGGCAGAUCUCUCUCCAGUACAAGUCUGGCAGCUCAUACUACCACACCUGUGGUGGUACUCUGAUCAAGAGGGGAUGGGUCAUGACUGCUGCUCACUGUGUGGACAGGUAGGACAAAGGGAGACAUAACAUAGCGAAGAUCCAAAACCUCUUGACAAGGUCGCUAGGUGUUAGGUUAAAGCUGAGAUCCAAAACCUCUUGACAAGGUCGCUAGGCGUUAGGUUAAAGCUGAGAUCUGAAACCUCUUGACAAGGUCGCUAGGCGUUAGCUUAAAGCUGAGAUCUCAAACCUCUUGACAAGGUCGCUAGGCGUUAGCUUAAAGCUGAGAUCUGAAAGGUGAAACAGAGACACUAGUCGCUCUGGGCGCAUUUGUUAUUGCUUUUAUUUUGUUUAUCAAAGCGGAGAUGAGCAUCCAGCAUCGUAGUAAAAAAGAACAUCCUAGUACAUACUCUGCUGUUCUAUCACGUGUGCAAUGAUCUGCAGUGAUGUGCACUGAUGUUGUAUAACUUCCUAACUGACCAAGGUGUUGUGUAUGUGUUGUCUACAGUCAGAGGACUUGGCGUAAGUCGCUCUGGAUAAGAGCGUCUGCUAAAUGACUUAAAUGUAAUGUAAAUGUUCUGGAAGACCACUACCUGAACAGCAACGAGGGUAAGGAGCAGUACAUGAGCGUCAGCUAGGUCCACAAUAAAAUAAAUAAAUAAUAAAUAAAAUAAAAACGUGAGUCAAUAUAGAUGUGCGUAUCUGGAGGAGAUGUUUGGAAUAUAAUGCUGUUAUUCCUUGUGGAGCUGCUGGGAAUAUCAGCCUUGUAAUUUCGUUGCUCAUAGAACUACUGCAAAUAAUACGUCAACCAUUUACAGUAAACAGUGAGGUAAUUGUGUGUGAGGGAAUGAUGUCAUAGAUGGCAGCUAAGUAAAGAAGCUCAUGCUAAGGUACAGUUAGCUCUCCCUUGUUUUGUAAUUAAGUAGCAUUGGCUUGUGCGAGCCAAUAGCGGCUCAUAGGUGCAGGAACCUAUCUCAUGUUUCUGUAGCGUGAGGCAGCUUGAUGUGCAAGUACAGCCCUUGGACAGGACGCUACCCACUGGGCACACCAUGUCAUUUCAACUUGGAUAAUAUUUGGUUGAGCCGUUGAUCAAUGACAUUUCAACAUAUAUUCACMCACUCAAAAAGACAGCC